CUGCGCUGCUGCAGGCACGUACCACGCAUCCGCUCCCUGCUAUGUGCAGUCCCAAGAGAUCAGAAUUGCUAGUGCGGUGGGACGGCCCUUGAGAACAGCCAUCACAGACAGGAAGAGAAAUAAGAUAUAAAAAAAGGGGAGAGGAACAAGGAGAGGAAUACGAAUAGGCAUAUAGACAUUAACUUAGACUGAUUGUUCUGCGAGAAAAAAAACAUAUGGUCAAAUCCAAAAGAAGGACAACAAAAGCCCACGGCACUAACAUUUCUGAUCCCUGGAACAUGUACCCAUGGGCAAAUCCAUUACCCACUCGACGGCAGCCGCACCGCACGCGGACAUUCCCUUCUCGUGCAUUCUAUCUGCGACGGAGCUGGCGGAGGUCGAGGCUGCUGGCUGCCCGACUCAGGGGCCCACAGUGGCCCGGGACUCGCACCCCCAGGCUUCUGCUCCAGUCUCCGCAGGCGUGAUGACCGCUGCCGCGUGCAGACGAACGGCUUUCACGGGCCACCAGACUUUCAGCUACCACCCUCCAGCCCAGGUGUUUUUGUGUUUCUCGGGCUCCCAGGCAGUGACCAAGACGCGGCGGUCGCUCGCUGUUCGCCACUACGCCAAUCAACGAGAACGUGACGCCUCCAUCCUGCCUCUGCUGUAG